UAGACGCCUUUCUUACCUCUUGUCCUCCUUCAUCGAUCAGCCUGCUGUACCCCCGUCGCUGUGGCCAUGCCCGUACCCUCCCUCCAGCAGCAAGGACGAGACCAAUGGUCUACGACGAGCCCUUUGUCCAUCAAGUCAACGUUCACAUUUCGUCUAUCGUCAGGGUCGCAUCAAUCACCUCGGUGCGGAUGGGGAUGGAAAUUUUCCAUUGAAUACGGGAACGAAAUCUUUUUGCAGGACUGCACAAAGCUCGUGGCCUAUUUCGAUUACACUGCUCCAAGGGGCACAGACUUUUUUGGCCCGUCAUUGACAGUAUCGGGUGCAAUCAGUGGUCCGUCGGUAUUGCACUCUCUUGGUGACAACGUCGAUAUCAAAUUGGGUCCAUCGGCGGCACCACAGAUUGUCAAAGGUACUCUUGGGUCGUGCCAUCUGUCGUUGACGGAUGCAGUCUUCACUCUCGAGUUCACAGUCACCUUCCCUUUCCACGAGACCAUCUUCUCGCCGAUCGGUGCCAAAGCGACCUUCUCUUCGAGGGCUUCGGGGGCUUUAAGGGACAUGAUUGAAACAGGAGAACUCAUCGACACCAAAUUUUACUUGUUCAGUCGUCGGCUGGGAGAAGGCCAGGCUUAUUGUCCCAAAGCUCUGUUUAGCAGCAGCCGUGUGAUACUAGGGGCGAGUGAUUACAUCGAUACCUUGCUUGAUGGGAGCGCCUUUUCUGAGUCGAAACAGGUCGAUAUCGAUGAGCCCAUCGACAUCCAAGCAGGACCCUAUUCGACUAGUGCGAACGGGCCAGCUGGCAGCUCGAACUGGAGGUCUCGGUCUUCUGCGCCCAUCAAGGCUCACCCACGACUGGGUCGAGUAUGCGUCCUGAAAGACAUCGCGCACAAGACAUUCAAAGCUUUCCUGGUAUAUCUGUACACUGAAGACAUCACAUUCACGAACAUCAAGUCGAAGACAUCGCCUCCCUCGAACUUUGGUCCAGGCUGCUCUCCAAAGUCCAUGUAUCGCCUUGCUGAUAUGAUCAAUCAUGAACCACUCAAGAAGCUGGCUCUGGCCAACCUUCGAACACAGCUAACCAAAGAGAACAUCUGCUCGGAAGUUUUCUCGGAGUUUACUUCAUGGUAAGGACAUCGCUUAUUUCAAGUCCUUUGAAUGACGAGCAUAUAUUACGACAGGUACCCUGAAAUCUUGGACAUG